AUGUGUGGAGGAGCUAUCAUCUCCGAUUUCAUACCGCCGCCGAUCUCUCGACGUGUCACCAGCGAAUUCAUAUGGCCGGAUCUGAAGAAGAAUGUGAAGGGGUUGAAGAAGCGCUCGAAGAAGCGUUCCAGCUUCUUUGAUCUCGACGAUGAGUUCGAGGCUGAUUUCCAGGGCUUCAAGGAUGAUUCGUCUGUCGAUUACGAUGAUGAUUUCGAUGUCGACGAUGUCUUCGCCGACGUCAAACCAUUUGUCUUCACCGCGACUCCCAAACCCGUCGUCUCCUCCGCCGCUGCCGAUACAGUUUCUGGUGGAAAGAAAGUUGCUGACUCCAAUGGAGAAGCUGAGAACUCUGGAAAGAGGAAGAGGAAGAAUCAGUACAGAGGAAUAAGGCAGCGUCCAUGGGGCAAAUGGGCAGCUGAGAUCCGUGAUCCAAGGGAAGGUGCAAGAAUCUGGCUUGGAACUUUCAAAACAGCUGAGGAAGCAGCAAGAGCUUAUGAUGUCGCAGCUCGCAGAAUCCGUGGAUCCAAAGCUAAAGUGAACUUCCCAGAGGAAAACGAAACCCAAACCGUCUCUCAGAAACGUCCUCAGAAGCUGGUGGCUAAACCUAACCCUAACCCUUACCCAAACCCAAACCCAAGUCCAGCUUUGGUUCAGAGCUUCAACAACAACUCCUUUGACAAUAUGUGUUUCAUGGAGGAGAAGCAUCAAGUGAACAACAACAACAACAACAACAACAACAACAACAACAACAACAACAAUCAGUUUGUUUUGGCUACGAGCCCCAUUGAUGCUGGUUAUCAUCAGUAUUUCAGCUCAGACCAAGGUAGUAAUUCAUUUGAUUGUUCUGAGUUUGGUUGGAGUGAUCAAGCUCCGAUAACUCCUGAGAUCUCUUCUGCGUUUAUCAACAACAGCACUGGUCUGUUCGUGGAGGACGCUAAUCCAGCUAAGAAGCUCAAGUCCUUGGAUUUCGAGACUCCUUAUGAUAGCACUGAAUGGGACCCUUCGCUUGCUUUCCUCAGCGGAGAUGAUGUGGUGACUCAGGACAAUGGUGUAAACCCUAUGGAUCUGUGGAGCAUCGAUGAGAUUGAUUCCAUGAUUGGAGGAGUCUUCUGA